AUGGUUGCUCAUCGUUUGCCGGAUUUCAAAUCGAAAUGGGCGAUGGUUGUGACGGUCAAGGAUUUUGACGAGAAGAAGCGAGCCGAGUUGGGGUCAGGAACUUUCCAUUAUCGUUUCAGUUUUCAGUUUUCCUUUUCAGAGAUUUCGCUGAGUGGUUCAUAGAAACUUUGAGAUUGGAGGGAGCUUUCAUCGGCCACUACUUCAAUUACGAGGCAAGCAUUGCACAUCGUUAUCGGAUAUAAUUACAACAUUUAGAGCUCGCCAGUGACUGUUGUCGAGACCGAACACAACAAUUUCGAGUCGUGCACCAACGCGUAUCAGAAAAUUCAUAAGGUUUUCGAUUAGCGCGCAUUUUAGGAAUUAGAAAAUUGAUUUUCAGGAGCACCCUCAAGUCGUUCUAGUUGUUCAUAUUCUUCCGGAAACGAAAUCUAAAGAGUACGAAUGGAUGAAGACCUUGGCCGCCAGGUAACUCGAUUUUCCCACUCGCUACCUUAGAAGGCACAUUCAGAUACGGUUUCAUUCGACAGGGAAUUCUGUACGAGAACUGCGUCAACCGCUUCCAAAAUCUUGAUACGGAGCAGCAUAGUGUCUUCCGGAACAUGUGCCAGUGGAUCUAUCGCAGCGGAACCGCUAUCGUGAGAAACGAGGGAAAGUAAGUCGAAAAGAAAAUAUUUUGCUAUUCCAAUAAUACAAUUUUAGUUGCUGUGGUCUUCUGCAUGGAAAAGACUCCAAGCCAACUUUCGAAAAAGUUCUAUUCAACAGUGAGGACAUUAAGGAUGCAGUCUUCAAAGUGCUUCAUGAAGAUGAAGAACCCAGAGGUUUCAUCCAUUCAAAGCUUUAUAAUCAUUUAGCAAUUGUCUUUCUUGUAGGAACUGAAGCGGAAAAUCUUCUCAAAGUGAGCGGCUUCUCCGAAUCUUUGAACGCAUUCGGAGUCGCCCAACUGCUCACUCCGUAUCGCGUCAACGGAGUCACUCUGACCGGACCUCAUUCUGCCGUCGUGACUCUAGAGAACAAGUUCCAGGUCUAUCAGGCGAUGCAGGAGUUUAACGGGAAGCAAAUCGAUCGCAAUCACAAACUGAACGUCACCAGCAGAGUUGUAUCAUCUCCGGCCGUCGAGGUGUCCCUUCCAAUGUUCAAGGACCCGAAAAAGCAUAUCGAACGUCUGAUGGGAAAACUCAAGAUCUCUGCCUGA